AUGACAUCAUCAAGGAUAUCACAUUUACUCACCCAACCAACAUGCGUAGUGGAAAACGUACUUCUUCAACCAACGUUAAACGUAUUGGACCGCUGCGCGAUCUCACAAACGUGUAAAACGCUACGUGGAUUUACGUCAACACUUUAUUCAAUAUUUGAUUUCCCUUUAUACCCUUCGAAUAUAACAUCAUUAUCGCAUAAGAAAUCAUUGGCAAUUAAACCACAAGAUUUAAAAUGUGUGCCGAUAAUAGUAGUUCGUUCUGGAGUUUAUAACGUGGCGAUAGGAUCAGAUGGUAAUGAUUAUUCUGCCAUAUUUUUCAACAAGAAGGGAAUCGUACGUGUCGUUAAGGUUAGGACAAAAAAGGAUGGUGUAUCAAUUGAGUGUUUGUAUUCAGUUCUUGUGCAAAGAAUGUUGUUUACUUGUUCAAAAUUUAAAGAUAGAGUUUUAAUAAUCGAAUCACCACCUGGAAAAGAUUAUUUUGCUCAUACUAACGUAGAUUUUAUGUCAUGGCAAAGUACAAAACCAACGAGAGACAUGUUACUUAAAGGAAUUGUUGGAAUGAUCAGAAGAUUUCGUCUAAGGGAAUUGGCAAAUUCAAAAGAAAUCUCAACAAUUGCUAACGAUGGUAAACAGCGUUGGUACAUUAAUGCAUUGAUGCAAUUUCAUUAUAGAUAUUUAAUGUGCCAACAAAAACUUUACGUUUAUGGUAAUUCGUUAAGAAAACGUCACACGGAGAUCAUGACCUUCUUAAAAAAUGAGUUCAAACAAUCUUUAUUAUCAACAUUUUCGAAUGAGUGGUCAUAUAAUAAUGAGAGUGAGGAUGAAUUAAAAUCAUCUAAUGGUAUCUUUUCGUUCGUAAUGGAUUUUAAAAAAAAUCAUUCAUCAUCUAACUCAUUAUCUAGAAUUAUUAAUUUAUCAUCAAAUUCUUCUUUAGCGAAUAAUGAAAUCUAUUAUCGUGAAGCAGAAAUAGAACAGCAAUUGGCUCAGCUUAAUGAACGUCACUUAUUUUUAAGGUCCUUAAUGGAAAGAUUUAAAUCCGUUAUAUUAAUUAAUCAAGGUUUAGAAAAUUGUUGUUUAGUAUUUCGUCAUUUUGAAUUACAAUCAAUUUACGAAGAUUUACGUACGGACUUAACGAAGAUUUUACAUAAACAUGAAAUGGUUUCUGAAGUUAUUGAGGUCACUGCCGUUAAAUUACAAUUUAUUCUAAAAUUUUUAUAUGAACAAGAUAUACGUAAUAAGUAUUCUUCCAUGAACAAAGAAUUGGCUCGUCAAGGGAUUAACAUUCAAUUAGAUGGAAAUGAUUUGAAAAAUUCCUCAUCGUCGUCUCGAUUGGCCACAUACAUUAACACUUCAACAUAUUCAAUAUCACAAUCUGCUGCGUAUGGCACCACGUCAACGACAUCAACCCCCAUGUCAUCAUCUACGACACCGAUAAUCAACGAGAAGCGCAAAGAAAUUUCAAAGUCAAUGGGCAUCUCACAUCAAUCUGAUCAUGAUCUUAGUGCCGAAUCAAUAUUGGAUGCUCUUUUAUUGCAAGUUCCAUUUGAACGUAUAUUUUCAAGGAAAAUGUUUAUUAAAUUGUUAGCGCAAAGACAUUUUGAAACCAUGUGCACAGAAUAUGGAGAUCAUACUGCUAGAAUAGAUUACGAUGAUUAUUGUUCGAGUUCAAAUGAAGAUUUAUCUGAUGAUGUUGAAAUUGGUGAUUGGUUAAAUGCUGCUUGUUAUAUUAUUUUCAUAGCAAAACUCUUGCUGAAAGAUGAUUGUAAUUGGGUUGAACAAUACGAUGAAAGUGAAGGUGUUUGUACUACUGAAUGGAGAUUUGAAAUCGUUGAAAAAAUUGAGAGUGAAUUAGUUAACUUAACUAAAAAUGUAAUUAAACCCGCUUUGUUGAAAAAAGAUUAUGACGCGGUCAUUGAUGUUGACGACAUGAUUAAGGUUUGGAAAACUUGGUGGUUAUAUGCUUGUAGUGAAGUAUUAGAUAAUAUUGAAACUUCAAAUGCAAAAGUUGUUUUGGAAAAGUUGGAAGAUAUUUUAGAAAUGACAAAAAUUCCCUCUUGUAUUAAUAAGGGGAAGGAAGGAAAAGAAUAG